CCAACCGCAAUAAAAAUUAAUCAGAACAGUCACUGAACUGUAAUAUCGUUCCUUGUUUACUGCAGCAAAAAAAAAAUCGGUGUCUACAUUGAGAGAGGGUAAGCAUGCAGGGUUUUGGUUAAGAAAACCAGGAAAUCAAAAUAGCUUUUGCUCACUGUGAAACAGAAAGCAUGACGAAUCAUGUGGAUUCCUCUAUUCAUCCAUUCAGAAAAUGGAGACAAGCUGUAAGUUAUGUUACAAAGGUAUGUGCUAGUCAAAGAAAAAUUAUAUCGAGUACAAUUGCUAGUAAUAUGAGCACCACACCGUUUCAAAGUGGCUCAGCAGCCUGAAUUUCAACUUCCGUAUGGCAAUUCAUUUUGGAAUUGCAACUUACAUGAAUAACGGCAAUCCUCCUUACCUAUGAAUAACAUGGCGGUGCUAGCUGAUGGGACAUCAUAUUCGAAAACAACGGAAUUAAAAUAGUACAUAAGUGCUGAUAGCUACGGAGGCAAUGGCAAUAUAUGUGAAUUCUUCUUCUGAUCCACUCAGAAAACUGAGGCAAGUUGAAUGUUACGAAAGGAACCUGGAUGCUAGCCAAAGCUACAUACACUCAUCCGACUUGAUAACUGAAGCACAAAUGGAAAUUAUCUCGAUCAAGCUAAGAGCACAUUUGCAAGUAAUAAAGGCAGCAAAUCGUUUCAAAGAGGCUCCAAAGCCUGAAACUUUACCUCCUUAUGGCGAUUUUGGAAUUGGACAUGAUCCACGGCUUACUUUCAUGACUAGCGGCUGCAAUGGAGCUACUAAUAAUAAUGAUAAUGAAGGAUCAACAGAUUAUUCUCAUUGGGCUAGUUGGUUCUCAAGAGGGGUUCGUCCCAAGCUUGUUGCACCUGAUAUCAUGGUUAGGCUGCGAACGGUUCUUUUGAUACUCUUUGUGUUGAGGUACUUGAUAAUCGAUGGUUGUGAUGCAUGUUUUUCUGUUUGUGAUGGUGCUGCUGGUAUUUCUACUGGUCUUGCUAGUAAGACUAAUACCAGUGAUGGAACGACUGCUGAUGGUGAGGGUGAUGUGACUACUUCUAGUGACACUGAUGAUGCAUCCGGUAGUGCUGGUAGUGGUCCAAACGGUGGUGCCAAUGCUAGUAACGAGGAUACCGAUGGAGGUUCAGGUGGUGUUAUACAUGCCAGUAAUAAUGUUACUACUGUCGGUUGGCGUGUUUCCCGUGGCUCUAUUGCGACUGGUAGUACUUGUUGUUCUAGUUGUUGCCAUACUGCUGGUGGUUGUUCUAGUAGCGGUAUCAGUGGUGGUAAUGGUGGAACUGAUGGAGAAGCGAAUGCUUGGGGUCCUGCUGGCUUUGCAUCUAGUAGUGGAAGUGGUACUUCUGCGGGUGGUCAUGGGGUUUUCAGUGUUGCUGGUACUAGUAGUGGAGGCGCCGCUGAUCAUACUUUCGCUGUUGCGAGUGGGAGUGCUGGUGGACCUUAUACUAUUAUUUCUAUUGCUAAUUCCCAUCCCACACCCAUUAGAAAUGCUCAGGAGUCGUUACAUCAAUUCGUUUUGUCUCUAUUAUGUACCGGAAGUGCUGGAGGACUUGGUGCAAUGCAGAUUGUCGACAAACAAACCACUAUUUACCUCAGGAUGCUUCUUUACGGCAUCAACUUUUCAUUUGGUGUAUGCUUCCUGAGUGCCUGUCUUGCUGCCUUUGCAAUGCUCACCCAACACUUCCGUCCUCCUCGGGGACUUCAGGUAGACCACUCACAAUUGAAGGGUAUCCUCAAGAUCAGUACCAUUCUCUCGCUAAUGUCUAUGGCUGUUGCAACUAGUUUGGUAGUUUGUUUCAACAUUGGGCGCCAGAUCUAAUCAUCAGACCGAAGCCUUGUUUUUAUCACUGCAGUUGCUGCACGAGAAAAUCAUUCGAUGAAUAUUGGUUACAGCAAGAAACUUUAAUACGUCGUUGGUAUGUAAUAAUUCCCCAAACCUAUGCUGGUAGAAACUUGAGUAAGUCGUUGGUAUGUAAUAAUACCCCAAACCUGUGAUUUUUCCUUGUACAUGUUGAUUGUUUUAAUUUUGGCAGUUUUCCUGCCCAUUCAGAACUGAUAUGCUAUAAAUUAUUUGAAGGGUCUAUGAUUGGUGAAAUAUAGUAAGAACUUCAAU